GCAACCCCGCUUUUCGAGUUAAAUCAAUACGAAUUCUAUCGAUUUUCGGAGCCGCAGCCGCCGCACACCGUAUUCGAGGGUCGCACGCGGUGGUUGCGCGCAUUUCAUUGGAUUUAUCAUAUUAUUCCGUGUAUUUAAUAUUCCAGAGAGUUUUGCAAUAAAAAUGUUUCAUCGAAAACGAAUCGUUAUGAUAAAUUGAGGCAAACAAGUGGGAUUGAAAUGAGACAAUGACGUCGACGGACACGUACCAGCUGAAAUGGCACUCCCACAGUUCACAUUUGAACGGGUCGGUGGCGUCUUUGCUACGGUCGGAAAGGUUCACCGACGUGGUUCUGUGCACGAUGGACGGGUCCCAGAUACCGGCGCACAAGUUCAUAUUGAGCUCGUGCAGCGUAUACCUGUGCAGUUUGUUCGAGGGCCAACGGUCUGUUACGAGGAUGGGAGGGAUGCUCUACGUGGUUCUACCGUCGGAGAUCUCUACCAAGGCUUUGAAGAUUCUCGUCGAGUAUAUGUAUAAAGGUGAAACCACAGUUUCAAAUGAAGUACUAGAUACAGUUCUCAAAGCUGGCGAAGUCCUUAAAAUCAGAGGUUUGUGGAGACAGACAGAUGAGGCUGGUGGAGACUCUGCACCCGCGGAGGCCCAGGCCACUACUAAUGUCACCAAGCCAGCUAAGAAAGAUGAAGCCCCCAAGAUCGCAGUCAAGAAAGAUGACAAGCUUCUUAAAACCUUCACUCCGGCACAGCCUCAAGGUGUUACAAGACCAAUGUUCAUUGGACCUCCAAAGCUGGUGUUCAUCAAGACCACGGACGGCGCUACACAGGCCACCCUCCGGCCCGGCGGACCCAAGGGUCAAACUAUACUAGUCGCACAAGCACAGCCCACAGAGGCAAUCGCAGCAUCGGUGUCCUCGGCAUCCACAUCCACCACAGCUACGGUGACAGUAGCAGACGAUUCCCCGGACGAAGCUCCUACCACUCGUCUGACGAUCCGCCACGCCGUCGAACGCAAGUACGGCAAGCGACAGAGGACUGAGAACGCUGAGGCAGCUGAUGCCAAGGAAACUGAGGACCAGGAUAAUGCUUCUGUGACCUCAAAAAAAUCUUCUGCCAGCACCAGUGAGGUAGCCACAGAAAUCCAUGUAAAAGAUGAGCCCGACUGGGAUGCCAGCAGUAUAGAGGAAGAGGAAAGAUCUAUCGCUGAAAUGUUCCAGAGUGAAAUGAAUGUCAAGUCCGAACCUAUUGACGAUAUGGACAUUGAAGAGGAGAGUUUGUUGUACAGCCCGCUGGCGUGCGAGCUGUGCGCGGAGGUGUUCACGGUGCCGGCCGCGUGGGUGCGCCACGUGCAGAACCACGCGCGCGACCAGACCGACCAUCCCAGGCGCCGCAAACAUCGCUCUGCGAGCGACGACACGGAGGAGACCAUGGCUUUGCUGCGCUGCGACUUGUGUCAGAAACACUUCCCCAACCCGGCCGAGUGGGUGCGCCACAUACAGAGCACUCACACUGAGACCGAAUUGGCCUUAUCAAACAACAGUGCACCACCAAAACGUCACAAUCGUUUCACAGAGGGCGCGCAAAACAAGACUUGCCAGCAAUGCAAGAAAACAUUCCCGUCGCACGCCUCUAUGCUUAUACAUAUGCGUACGCACACAGGUGAGCGUCCGUUCGUCUGCGGCUUGUGCAACAAAGGGUUCAACGUGAAGUCGAACCUGCUGCGACAUCUGCGCACGCUGCACGACCAGGUGAUCAGCCCGGCGCGCGUGGACGACGAUGAUGCUGGCGCCGCGCCCCCGCCGCCGGAGCUCAAGCGCGAGUCUUGAGGACGAGGAGGGCGGGCAGGUAGAGGGCGCGGUCGGCCCCGCCGCUCGGCGUACGCGCCGGCCAGCGGCUCGCGCGAGCCCCGCGACGCGGCCUCCGCGACCGCGCUGCGCAAGCAGAGCUACUCGCUCUUCCUCAGGCAGCGCGCCGUGCUCUUCUCUGCCAAGAAGUGGAAAUAGUUUCGCCCCCGCCCGCUGCCACGAGUACAAUGAUUUUGUUUGUUAGCCUGAACAUAACUCGACCUUUGCCUUUGUUUAUACAAAUAAAAAAAAAAUAGACCGCGCGCAGAAAGCGUUCAGAAAUUUAAAAUUAUUAUCAGAUUGUUUCACAAAUUUUAGCCUGAACACAACUCGACCUUUGCCUGCGUUAAUUUAAUAAAAACUUAGAACAUGCCGUACGGCUAUAUGCCGUAUGAACAGGCUGUACGGUGUACCUUUGCCUUUUUCCUGUGGGAAAGAAUAAAGAAAAAAAAAUUAAAGUCAUACAAGAAUAUUAUCAUUACGAUAUAAACAAUGUUUCUAAAUAUCUGUUUAUUUCUCCCACUGAAAAUUAAAAAUAAUUGAAUUAUAAUAAAAUAAUAUCAAUAUUUUUUCAUUAUUUAUAUUUUGUUCUAAUUUAAUCUUUUAAACAAAUACGAUACCUACAUUAUACAAUUAAUAAAUUCAGGCAUUCAUAUUAUAUUUUAUAGUUGUAAAAAAAAUGGCAGCGGACCUGGCGUUUACUAAUAAAUUCCUGCCCACCCUCCUUUUAAAAAUCUUAAUUAUAAGAAAUUAAUGUUAAUUUAAUAUAAUAAUUAUAUUCUUACUAUACUUUAGAUAUCUAGUGUUAAGAUAAAACAAAUAUUUUAAUAUAAAUUACAUUGUGAUCUUGGAAAAUUCUAGUCUUGUGUUGUGUUAAUUUAUGUUAUCUAAUAGACACGAUGUCGACUUUUAGUUUAUGACGAAUAUGUUUUAAGUUUUAGUUUAAUAUUAACUUAAAGUCCUAAUUUGCCAUGUAACUUUAAAGAAUAUUAUUUUAAUAAAUAUUAAUUUAAAUAUAAGCAAACCACAUAGGUCAGUCCUCUCUCCCGUAGUACAGAGUACUUACAAUAGGAUAGUUGACACUUUUUUAUAUGGUCUAUAUGGUUCUUCUAGACUGAAAAAAAAAUUUAAUUUUUUUUGAGACGGAUUCCAUAAAAAUUUUAGUUUUUAAAUAUUUUUUUUGACAAUGUGAGCCAAAAGCAUGACGGUCAGUAAAUUCAUCUGUUUCAUGACGUCACUCUAAUAAAUUCCAUACAAUUGGAGCGUUUGACAAAAAUAUUAGUUCGACGUUUAGUAUAUCAAGUGUUAGUGACGUCACAAAAUGGACGACAGCGUUUUUGACAUUUGGAAAAUUUGACAAAAAUACGUGAUAUUUAAAUUAAGUUUUUUAUGCAAACCUUUAACUUUAAAACGCAAUACUUUUAAUAAUAAUUGAUAUAGAUAUAUUUCGGACCCUUACCAUGUAACCCAUGACCCAUCCAUGUACUACACGAAAUAAAUAUUGUUUAUAUUUAAUUUGAUGCGAGUCAACUACCCUAUUUGCCUACUUAGAUCUCUUUGUAAUUGUCCUGGUGACUUUUUUAAGUAUGUAUUUUUUUUAUUUAUCAAUAAAAUAUAGGUUUGCAAAGAUCUCAAUAUAACGUAGUACCAAUCAACAAAAUGUCAGAAUAGUAUCUAGUUUUUAGUUGUAGUUUAAUUUCUUGACGUACAAAAUGUUAAAUAUUUAGUCACUGUCUGUGCCAUUGUAUCAGAUGAUAUUGCCUUGCUAUGGAUGAACCGAUUUUGAUUUAGUAUUUUGUUUGAAAAGUAACUUAGUUUUCUUUUAAAUGUGUAUUCAUGUGUUCUAUGAAGAAAUACCCAUUUAGUUAAUUUUGAUAAAUCAUCGAGGUUUUGUAAAGUCAUGUAAUUUUAACAAUAAUUAAUUCAUAUACUUACAGCCGAUUUUAGUUACUUUUAAAUCACUUUUAUAUUAAUUUAGCAAUUUUAAACGCAUUUUGGUUAGUACUGUACUUAGUGUCUAAAACCAUUUUAUAGUAAAUGUGAAAAUGUAGAUAAAUGUGAUUUAAGCUUUAUGUGUGCAACUAUUUAGUUUUUAAGAUAUAUGUUUCCUAAAUGUGAAGUAGGCACUUAAUAUUAUUACUGCUGGUUAGGCAAAACUGGCGAUGUUUUUUGGAUUUUACUCCUUAGGAAUCGAUUUUUCAGUAAAAUUCGAUGAACGAAUGACAGCGUUACGUUUUUGUGCGCAACCUAUUCUGCGCACCUUUCACCGUGCGCAGCCGGCUACAGCGUGCACGUGCCUGCUGCUCCUCGGUUGCGCACCUUUCACUUUUCAGGCGUAGGUUGAGACGUACAUAGUAUGUUGCCCCGCACCUAUUUAGACAGUCGAUCUGGAAGAGUAAACUCCAUUCGUGCGUCGAAGCUGACACACACUUUUUAUUAAUUAUUUUGCGUAUUUAUAAUUGUAUAUUCUUGAUAGUUCUGUACGAAUAGUAAUAAACACGCACUGUACAAUUAAUUUUAAUGUCGAAAUGUUUUAAGUUUCAACAUUUUCAACAUUCUAAAUAAUUCCAACUUUGUUUAGAAAUUAUUGUUUUUUAUUCAGUCUUUCAUAUUAAUUAAACAUUAUUUAAUUUGAUUACCAUUCCAAUACUCAUGUGUAACAUGAUUAGUAUAUAGGAUUGAUGUAUGUUGAAAUAUACAUAAAAUAAUAAACGAUUUUAAGUGUACA